AUGAAGGACUUUGGUGAAAAUGCCACGACGGUGGACGUUACCCCGUCCACCGCAGACAACGCCGUCGACCUCAAGGACGAGCAGGUCGCACCCCGACCCGUCAGCAAGGCGUCAUCGGUGCUCAUGGUUCUGGUCGGCGGCCUGGCCCUAUUCUCCGAUGGCUACAAUGCCCAAAUUGUCGGCUACAUGAACACGGUGCUGGCCAAGCUCUACCCCGACGAGUACACCAAGGACGUCAAGACCAGAGUCUCCAACGCCUUUCUCAUCGGCGAGGUGUUUGGCAUGUUGUUCUUCGGCUGGGCCAUUGACAAGCUAGGCCGACGCAACGGCAUCUUCUGGGCCACCUUCUUUCUCGUCCUGGGCCUGGUCCUGUCGACCGCGGCCCACGGCACCACCGUCGGCGGCAUGUUUUGGAUGAUGAUUAUCGGGCGCGGCGUAGCCGGCUUCGGGGCCGGAGGCGAAUACCCAACCUGUGCGACGAGCGCUGCCGAAGCCGCCGAUGAGACCUUGUCCGUGCGACGACGGCGCGGAAUCCUGACUGCCGUCGCCACCGACUUUUCCAUCGAUAUGGGCUUCGUGAUUGCCGGCAUCGUAGCGCUCAUCGUCUUGGCCGCGUACGGCUGGAACGUCGGCGACGGCGUCUGGCGCGUUAGUUUCGGCCUGGGCAUCCUUCUACCAGUGGCACUGCUCUUCUUCAGACUGCGACUCAUCAACUCGACCCAGUACCAGAAGCACGCCAUGAAGCAGCAUAUUCCGUACUGGCUCGUCAUCAAGCGCUACUGGAAGCCCAUGCUCGGCACCUCCCUGGCCUGGUUCAUGUACGACUUUGUUACGUACCCCUUUGGCAUUUUUGGCUCAACCGUCAUUGCGACGCUCAACCCCAACGACACGUUGAUGGAGAAUAUUGGCUACGGCACCGUGCUCAACUUGUUCUACAUCCCGGGUACUUUGAUUGGCGGCCUCCUCAUGGACAAGAUUGGCCGCAAGCAGACCAUGACGCUGGGCUUCGUCCUCUGGUCUAUUCUCGGAUUCGUCAUCGGCGGCGCCCUGCACCACAUCCUCCCCAUCUUCCCCCUCUUCGUCGUUCUCUACGGCAUCUUCAACACCCUCGGAGAAAUGGGGCCCGGUGUUGCGACGUUUCUCUGCGGCGCCGAGUCCUUUCCUACCCCUGUGCGCGGCCACUUCCUCGGGUUUGCUGCCGCCGUUGGAAAGGCCGGCGCAGCCAUCGGCACCCAGGUCUUCAUCCCUAUUCAAAACUCAUUCGGCGAUACGAACAAGGGCGUGCAGGGUGUUUUCCUCAUCGGUGCGGCGUUUGCCAUGACUGGUGCCGCCAUUUCGUGGUUCUUGAUUCCUGACAAGGAGAGAGAUCUUGAGAGUGAGGACGCUCUUUUUAGGGAGUAUCUCGCUCAACAUGGGUAUGCUGGGGUUUUUGGCGAUGUCAGCAGGGACGGGUCUACUACCGCUGCUGACUUGGCUGGGAAACUUUAA